CUGCAGUAAAAAGUGAAAAGUGUUACGACGGGUGCGAGCUACAUUAUAUCAAACCGUUUUUACACGAAAAAUUUGUGAUUACUUUGCGCUAUUUCUACCUCACAUUGAAAUCAAAGCCAAAACUGUGUAUAAAAACGAUGCUCCUCUACGGAGUUGAGAAAUCAACAUGCAAUGUGGAGUGCUGGAAGAAAUGUAACACAUUGGCUAUAACGUAAACAUUUUGUGCAGAAAUAUACAUUCAAAUACCCCUAACGUUUCCUAAAGCUAUAUGCUCAAAUUCCAUAUCGUGGCUAAAGAUAAAACAGCGAGAUUCUUAGUGCUUGUUCAUGUGAAUUAAAUAAUAAGUUGGCAUACUGGAGUUACGCGUACAUUACGUUACGCUUAGUGGAAGUGAAAUAACUUACAGGCUAAAAGCAGGAACAGUUGCGUAUUGGUGCAGUCGGUUUGGGCUGUUAAUUUUGCUUUCUUCCGUUAUUGCGGGUUCUCAAAUACUUACCGCAGCAUGAUGUCAGGUGCAACGCAAGAUUGUAUACCAUCUCGUGGCAAUGGCGAAGUGAGUGUGAUUAAACCAGAACCGUUGAUUAAUGUUCCGGAUUCGAACGAAUCCUCGCCAGGCAGCAGUAGCCAUAAUAUGCUCGUUGCUACAAGCUAUCAAAUGCAAGUUCCCGCAACUAGUAGCAAUAGUAACAGCAACAACGGUAGUACAGGAGUGUCCUCUUCUCGGCGCUUUUCAACGUCGUUACAAUCAUCAUCACCGGUUUCCUCUCCGUCACCCACCCCGUCCGCCUGUGGUUCUUCAAAGCUGAGCAACGGUUCUGGUAGUUUUAAACCACUGCCGUUGUGUGGUUUAAACAUUGGCAAUAGUCUUAUGGCAACGGCUAAUAACUCAGCUGGUGGUAUUAGUGCUACUGGUAGUAGUAACACGGCGAACUAUCACAAUUUCAUCGGACGGCUGAUCAGUAAGGACAACAUGUUGCUGAUAAGCGAGGACGUUAUCGAAGUUGGUCGCAACUCAUCCAAGUCGCUGGUCGAUUUUCAUGUUGGAAAAAACAGCUUUGUCUCUCGAAAGCACUUCAUCAUUCAACAUGAUAUGAACGACGAGUUUACGCUGUUCUGCCUUAGCAAGAACGGUGUUUUUAUUGACAACGUAUUUCAUCGUAAAAGUGGCGAACCGUACAAAUUACCCAAACUAACUCGUACGGCGGAUUCGAGUGAACUUCUCGUACUCGUUUGUUGAACUCGAUGGUCGGUAUCAC